CUCUACUUGGUACUUUCUCUUGCGUCUGACUACUCCCUACCUUCUGGACCUCUUCCAUUCCAUCCUCCUUCAUUUCAUCCCUUUCUGUCAUCUCUUUCCCUUAUUCUUUAUUUUGAGUCCCACCUACUCAACAACCUCGGGCUUCAACCCAUCAGCCCGUAUUAUCAUCAAAUCCCAUCCGCUUUUGAUCCCACCCCACAUGGUGAUCGCUCUCUCUGCCCACCAUGCUUAAGGCCCUCAUGGGCGGGAGUCGCUCAUCCUCCGAUGUCCGCAGCACUUCCUCCAGAAGUGGCCGCCGCCGAACCGACUCCAAGGCUUCGUCGACAACCAGCCGCAAGUCCUCACGGGGUGACGACCGUGAUCGCGGCUUGGGCGACCUGUCGACCUACCCGACUACCGGCGGCCGGAACAAGCGCUAUGCCGCCAGCGCCGCGGGCGAAUCAGUCGCUUCCAGCUAUGCGACCGCCGACCCAGGUGUCUUGGAUGAACCCGACCGCGUGAUCAUCGAACGUCGCCCAGGACGAUGGGACAACGACGACGAGGACAGACCUCACGAUCGAGAUUUGGACGAUGUGGACAGGUAUCGCGAUCGAGACUCGGGCGACCGGGAUAGACAACAGAGCGCCCGCAGGCGCGAUCGGGUGCGAUCGCCUAGUCCGGACGGCGAACGGACCAGGCGAGCCAGGAUGGACGAUCGCUGGGAGGCCGAUGACCGUGCGAGCGCUCGUCGGGAGCGACAGCGCGCUCAACCCGAUGUCACCCUCCCUCCCAUAUCCACCGCCAUCCCGACCACAGGCGCAGGAGGUGCGUCGCCAAGCGGUCCCGUCGCAUUCGACCCCCAUGUGCCGCAGCAGUUCCCCGGACAGUUCCCGGCCCUCCACACAGAGCCCUAUCGACCGCCCAACCCGGCCGGUGAGGCGGCCGAUUACUACGGCGACCAAGGACAGUCCGUCGCCGACCAGCCGGGGAUCCGUCCGGCGGCCCCCGAGGUGCUCCCCAACAACCAGGCACAUCUGAUGCCGGCGUCGCCCGCCGUCAACCCGCCGCCGGAGCCCAGCAGCGUGGGUGGAGUCGGGGCGGCCGCCGCGUACUACGGCAAUGCUGCGGAUGGGGCCGCGCCGGUAGUGCAACCCACGGGUCAACCGCCGUUGGCGUCCCCUCCCGACACCCUGCAUUCUUCCCAUCCGUCUGUCCAGUCGACGGGAGCCGCGACCUACGGCGUCGGGGACAUGGAUUCGCCCAUGUUCCCCCCGCCCUCGUCGGCAACCUCGUUUGUCCCGCCGAUGCCAUCCAACCAUGCCACAAAGCCGUCCCAUUCGCACGGUGGGACGGGUGCCGCGGUCGGCAUGGCAGCCGCCGCCGCGGGGGCCGGGUACAUGAUGGGCCAUCACCAUCACCAUUCCUCCAGCCCGCAUGGCUCCCCGCCAUACCCCGUGCAGCAGGCGGGAAAUGCCCCCCACGAUGCGUUCGCGGGUCCGUCCAUGUACCCGCCCAAUGUAAACCCGGCCUUGUAUGGCGCGGGCGCGGGCACGGUCGGAUACGCCGCGCACCCGUCGCAUCCCCACCACGCGGCGUUGUACCACGGGCCGUCCUUCCAGUCGGGGGGCAUGGCGUUCCACCAGCGCCGACGCGGUCCGCUGGAUCGGUUUGUCGACUUUUGGCGGGACCCUGACGGCGUGGGCAUGUUCGAGGACUACACGGAGUCCAUCGGGGUCUGCAAGUACUGCUUUGCACCGGGAUCGACCUCGCGCGAUGCACCGCGCAAGCACCACUACGAGCCUCGCCGACACUCGGGCGACCGCCGCAGUAGCCACUCGCGCGUCGAGAAGCUGAGUCGUUACACCUCGUCGGAAGAUGAAGGCCGACAUCGCAAACGAUCAUCCCGAAACUCGUGGAUCCCGGGGUUGCUGGGCGGAUACGGGAUCAAGUCCCUCUUCAACACCAAGGAUUUCGAGGACACGUACAGUCUCCGUCCGGGCCGCGUGCCGAGCUCGCAUGGCAGCGAAGGGGGGUCGGUUUCUGGGCGCAAAAGCGAUACCUCCCGGGGCGUGUACCGCCGUCGGUCUCACGAUCGAUUGGACCGCAGCUCGUACUCGGACGUGGCCAAGGGGAGGUACGGGGAACCCCUUCGGCGCUCCCGCUCCCGGUCGCGUUCCUCAUCCCGUCCGCACCGCCAUUCCGCCCUCCGCGACGCGGCUCUCGGAGCCGCUGUCGGAACGGCGGCCAGCGCCGUCCACAGAUCCCGUCAGCGCAGCGACAGCCGGAGCCGCAGUCGGUCGCCCCGCAAGUCCAAGGGCCGGAAAUCGUCGUCCUCGGAUUCUUCCUUCGUCGACAUUGGCCAUCCGUCUCGGAAAUCGACCGGAGGGGCUUUCGGCUCGUUCUUCACCGCGUCUUCGGAACGCAGAAAACGACCCACCGCGAAGAAGCCGCGAAGCCUAUUCUCGUUCAAUAACUCCUCAUCCUCGUCCACGGAUGCCGACCUCGCGUUCGGGAGUGGCUACGCGAAGAAACCCCCAGGGGCGCGGAAGAAGCGCGGCAAGAAGCAGGACCGAGACGACGUCGACGCCAAACUGCUGGGUCUCGGCGCGGCGGCCACGGCGUUGGCGGCCUCGCCCCACGGGCGCAGCCGGCGGCCCGGGGAGGUUCUGCUUGGCAAGGAGUCCCGCACGAGCCGGUCCGAUUAUGCCUCCUCUGCUACCAACGACGAUGGCUGGGAGGAUCUGGACUCCAGUGACCAGUCGUCGUCUAGUGUCAGCUCUGCUCUUGCCUUCGGCGGCCACAGUGCGCUGUUCAGUUCCGAUGACUCUUCCGACUCGGGCACGUCGAAAUGGGGCUGGAGAUGGGGAAGCAAGAAGGAUAAGAAGGGCAAGAAGGAGAAGAAGAAUAAGAAGAAGAGGACCGGGUCGGGUUCCUCCGAUGAUCGCUUCCCGACCGGCGCGGCUGCUCUCGGUGUCGGUGCCCUGGGGACGGCCGCGUUGGCCGCUGCUGCCUCUCGCCGUCACACCAGCCACGACGGUACCGGAAGCCUGCAGCAUGUCGCUCCCGUGCCGACCAGCGACCCCUCGCGCUACGACACGGUUCGGAUACCGUCUUCUCAGCCGGCCUUUGUGCGCCCUGGUCCCAUUCCGCUUCAGCAACCGCAACCUGUGACGCCUGUCUCCCAAGCCGUUUACACUUCUCAAGGCGAGUCGAUCCAUGCCUACACUGCACCGACCACCGGGCCUCUGCCGUUCAGGACUCCCUUUGAGGAUUACACGUCUCGGAACAAUUACACGUCUCGGCCCCGUGACCGGGACCAGCCUGUCUCAGCAUAUGUGGACCCUGGCGAGGCGCCGGGGCACAUUGACCGUCUGCAUCGGCGAAGUAACACCUUCCCCGCAUCCCCCACGGAGCCACUGGAGGGUUCGACCAUUUCCAGCCUGAGACGCCGCGCGACGGCGAAAGACCAAGCCUCCGUCUCCUUCAACCUCACCGAGGAGCAAGAACGACGCGCCGACCGCCUUGAGAGACAGAAUCGCAGUGCCGACUUGGAUGGUGGAGUCCAGCUCAUUGACAAUGAACAAGAACCGAUACGGCCAGAGGAUGACCGCUGGUCGAGGUGGCGGCGUGGGGAAGGCGAGCAUAAUCGACGCGCUUGGGAUGAAGGUGACAAGCAACGCCAGCGGGACUCGCGUGGAGACAACUCCUCAUCCUGGAUGGGGGCUGCUGCCGUCGGCACUAUUGGUGCCGCUGCCGCUGCCUCAGCGUUAUCGGGCAGAGGUUCCAAUGAUGGUUCUUCCGAGGCUAGCAGUCAGCGACGCCACGAUGAGCGUCGCGAGAAACGCCGUGCUGAGCGACGCCGUGGCUCGGAGCCGGGAUCAGUAACUGCUGCCUUCUCCGCCGCGCCAAGCAGUGCACGCGAUACCCGUUACUAUCCUUCUUCUUCCCCUUGGUCUCCUGAGCCAGAGCCUGCUCAGAAGCCUCCCCGCCGAGAUGUCUCCCCCACGAAGCCGAAGUAUGAGGAUUACGCCGAGUUCUUUGCUCCUAAAGAGGUGCGGCGCCGUUCUAAUGAUUCUUCACGUGAAUCUCAGGUGAUGCCGACGAUCAUCGAGGUGGUUCCCGCCAAAGAGAGACCAGAGAGUCCCAUUGAGCCUGACCCAGAGUUCCUCAGCCGCGUUCCCUGGAAGGUGCCCGACAUCACGUAUACCGACCCGACACCCCCGCACAGCGUGACCGGGUCUGUUAGAGAUGCUGCGUCUCCUGUUCCCCGGCCGCAAAAAGUGGCCCGGGAAGAGGCGAGCUCGAGCCCCGAACGGCCUGUGACUUUCUCGCGCGUGUCCUGGGGCGAGCACGAAACGCACGAGUAUGAAGUUCCGUCAAGUGACUCCGAUCGUGACUCCGUUGACCGCGACCGUGUUCGCCAUCGGGACCGACGGGAGCGAAAGCCCAACGAAGAUUCCGGUAAGGGUAUUGGUGAAGACAUCGCUUUCGCGGCUACGGUUGCUGCGACUGCUGCCGCCGCUGGAUUUGAUCCAUCGCUUGUCACGGACCAUCCGAAAUAUCAUACGCGUUCGUCGCCACCGCAUGGACGUUUCUCUCGCGCAACUGAACAAGAGGAUGAGUCCCGUGGUCGCGAGAGACCAUCCCGUGCCCGUGACAUGGCUGCCAACGGCGCUUCUGGUGUUCAGCGCGACGUGGACUUUCGCGACAAACCCGAAUCUCCCACCGAUGUCGCUCUCCAUAUGCCGGGUGGGUUCGAGGAGCCCGAGCGGCAGGUAGACUCCCGAGAUGCCUCUAUAGACGAUCCUCGAUCGGUUGUCUCGGCGCCCGCCCCCGGUGAAUACUCCGAGCGAGUCUCGACGAACCUGCAAAGGCGAGUAAGCGGGGAUACCGAGGAAGGUGACGAUACUGGAUCACCCUCGGUUGAGUUCAGUAGCGCCGAUGGAAAGAAGAAGCGGCGGAAGAAGCACUCAAAGCGGAAGAGUGACGGCCUAGAUGACUCGGCUUCUGUAGCUUCCUCGCCCGCUAAGAUCGGCGACGACCGUGACAAGCGCCGGGACACCAAGGAGAAGAGCCCCGAGGAGAAGUCUGGCAAUUUCUUCACCAAUAUAUUCGGUUCCAGGGUCUCGGAACCAGUAGAGAGCAAGCGACCGUCUUCUUCAACAGAUAGACGUGAAGUCAAGUCAGAGAUUGGAUCCCGCACCCCCGAGGAGUCGAGACACCGGCGCCAAGAGAGAUCCUCCAGGCAUCGCAGCUCCAAUCGGGACGAGGGACUCGACGACGAUGACUCGGCCCGCGAGGAUGACAUGAUUGCAGACAAGGAGAAUAUUAACGUCGAAAGUUACAAGUCUAGCAGGCAGCGCAGGGAAGAGCGACGUCGCCAGAGAUAUGAGUGGGACAACAAGGCGGAGGAAUCCGAGAAGGUAUAGUUUUAGCUGACUUUUCUUUGCUUUUAUUUUUCCUUUCCUAUUGUCGUGUUUUGAAUACCUGUACAAACCGUUAUGUGUUCUGCCCAGUUGAUGUGUCCACAUGUGAUUCCGAGUUAUGAUAUGAUAUGAUUGAUUGAUAUAUGUACUAAAUA